AGUUUAGUUUCGCAGUCGCAAAGUUCACGUUCACCUGUCCGGCAGUGUGGGAAUCUCCGGUUCUGCCCGUCCAAGUCGUCGAGUGUUGUGCUCUCUUCCAUUUUUUUUUAAUUUGUUUUUUGUUUGUCUUAAAAUAGUGAAAAGGAGAACGCCAUUGCCAACAAUUAAAGAGGCAAGAUCUCCGACAUCAACUCGUCGUCCUACAAAAGAUCGACGUGGUGUGUGUGUGGAACUUCUCUCUUUUCUCCCAGCACACAGACAGGCCUAUACCCUUGCUGGAACAUUUCACAUUACUCGGAGGAAAAAAACGGAAAGAGAAAAGGGAGGAGAGAGAAAGUUUUUCUAUUUCUUUUCUAGGCAGGAGCGAGCCAGCAGCUUCCAAGACGGGCAGUUCCUCUCGAACAUGGAAUAGUGUUCCAUCAGUAGCUGGCCGAAGCACAACACACACACAUGACUUGCUCUGUUACAAGUCAUUUUCUUGGUGAUCGUUUUCGUGCGUCAUUUGAAACUGGAGAAACAACAUCAACAACAGGAUGUCUUAUCGCGGCUACAGUUCUCCGUAUUACGGCAGCUACUACUCUUCCUACAAGAAUAAAGCACCGGCCACUCCCACGAGAACUACAGCGGCCACCGGCGGCAAUUCUUUCCGGUCAUCGUUCUCGCCACUUUCGACCGCUUCUUCUUCUUCCAACGCCGGCACCGGUGCUGGCAGUCGGUACGGAAGCUCCCGGACAACCUACUCUGCGGCUUCCGGAAGCGAGGAGCCGUCGUCGGUCAGCAGCAGAAGUCGACAGAGAGAUGCGCCAGAGACGCCAGCUUCCGCCAAAGUCUCUUACCAGGCCGGCGUCCAGGCCAAUCGAAUCUCUCCGAAUUACAGUUCAACAUCAAAUCAGAGGGAGUCAAAUAACGGGAGCAGUUCGACUGGAUCUGGAGGAAUAUCAUCCAGAGCAGAGCCGGGUAAAUCCAUCUAUGGAACGACGGCCAGGGACAGCCGAGAAGUAGGAUCCAGCAGAUCGGGCAUCGACCGGAAUUCAACCCAAUCCAGUGGCAAUUCACAGUCGGCACAAGGCGGAAGUGGUGGCACUAAUAAUUCAUUUUCGCUAGGUCGGAGCUCCAAUUAUGGAAAUCUUUAUAAAUUGCCCAGCAGCUCCGCUACGGCCAGCAGUACCAACGGCAGCAGUAAUUACGGCAAUGGGUGGGCGGAGCGAAGUCCGUCUGGACGCAGCAGCCAGGACACAUUAGCCAACAGCAGCAAAUCCGGGGCUUCAUCCAGAAACGGCGGUGCCGCACCAUCUGCCGUGAGCGAGAGCAACUUGUUGUCGCCGUAUGCGGCCGGCGGAGGCUACACUCGAAGCAAAAGUCGAGAGAAAGAGACGGAAGCGCCCAAGACGGAAGCAUCCGGAAAAAGUGAAUCGUCUUCGAUGACUCUUCCGCGAUCUUUCCGGGCUUACAAUCAGCGAGGAAAUACCAGCACGACCUUCCAGUCACCGUCGACUUAUACGCCCAGGGUUCCCACUUCCUACGGCCGUUCGGCUAACACAACUUCGCGUGAUUUGAGCUACGCAACCAAACCUGCAACUCAGCAGCCGACCGAAAGGUUAUCGGCCUAUCGGAGCAUGUUCAGCGAGCCGGUGGCCAAGUCGCUUCCGGUUGUGUCGGUCGAGGAAAUUAAAGAAAUCCCACCGACGCCCAGCGAAGACGCCGUCAAAUCCGAUUCGGCCGAGUCGGAAGAAUCCGACGAGGAAGAGGCGCCGGGAGAAACCCCUGAAGCAGAUGUGAGUUACGUGGUUAGUCGAGGAACGUCUCCUAUUCCUUCCAGCGAAUCCAUCCCAUCCAGCAAAGCCAGUUUGCUUCCCAUUUCCGGAUUCAUCCGCAGUCCCAAGGUGCUUCAAAGUCGUCUGCCUACCGUUGCCGCCCGGGAGGUGCAAACGGAAGAGCCGGAUUCCAUUCGUCCGAGAAGAUUCGUGGGUUACACGGGAUCGCCUCCCACUUACGGAUCCGCCGCCGCAGCCUCCCGACCAGGCUCCUAUACGGAUCGCUACUUCAGCAAAUACGUUGCGCCCUCGCGAUACUCUUCCGGCACGAGUCCACCGGCGGAAGAGAAAACUAAAUCGCCACCCAUCAGCGGAACUCUUCACAAGCCCCCGAUUCCGGUUCCGGUGGUUGGCAGCAAAGAGUACCGCAAAUCAGCGCUCAAUGUCGAUCUCGACGACCAGCAAAUCUCCGAGUUCCGCAAACGGCAGGAAGAGUUCCGCGAGGCUCAGCGAAGAGCCAAACGACAAGCCAGGAAGAAUUCGUCUGGCGGGAGUAAAUCAUCCAGCGCUAGCCCGGGUCCGGUUGACCGUCGAACGCCGUCGGUAACUCCGGCGUCGUCGAGAAGGAAUUCGGUCAACUCGGAAAAGGGCAGCACAUCGUUGAGCCGCAGCUCGAGCGCCAAGAUCCAGCAGCCGAAACAACAGCCCGCUGUCAGCCGCAGUCAAUCGCGGCGGAAGGUCGUGACCAGCGCCAAGAAUUCGAGCUCUUCUAGGUCUUCCAGCUGUUCGUCCAGCUCGUCGGGUGCGGAAGAAGCGGCGGUGGUGCCUGAGGAAAUGACGAGCAGGAUCAAAUCCAAGAGUUCGAGUUCCGCUUCUUCGAUUGGAGCAAGCGCUUCGCUCGCUCAGCCUGUCCGGAAGAGCAGCACGUCUUCAGAAUCCAUCAGUCGCCUCAGUCUGUCUCGAACGUCGGCUGAGAAAGUCUUAACACCGGCCUCUUCGCCCAGGAGAUCGACAUCGCUUCAGCCGUCUUCAUCCUCCUCCUCCGCUUCCGCAUCAUCCAAGAGCCCCUCCAAAUCUCGAUCACCAUCCGUCAAUCCGUCAGCUGUUGUCCAUUCGGAUUCUCCUCAACUGGCCGUACAGCCGGCUGAUGAAUCGUCACGCAGUCAGUCAAGAUCCUCGUCGGUGAACUGGUCGAAACUUCUGAAAAUGACUCGUGGGCCGGAAGAGCGGAGUAGCACUUCCCCGGAAUCUUUGGUGUCCAAGUCUUCCAGCUCUUCCCAGGGAAACCGGAAGGUCGUCUCUUCGCGUUCUCCUUCUUACAGCAAGAUGAUGCUGCGUUCGCCGGAAGCCGGAACGAGUGGCGGAACCCGUUCCGUGACUCGAUCGCCUUCGGGAGCUGUCGCUGGACGAGUUCCAAGCAGAGCCGCAUCAUCAACGUCUCUGCCGCCGCCACCUUCCAGUUUGCCUCCGCCGAACCGUUCCGGCCGAACGACCGCGUCCUCGUCGCGAAGUCACAUUCCAUCGCGCAACGCUUCCGCCCGGAGCAUAGCGCGCAGUUGCAGUACAUCCACCGAUUCGUCGACUUCGACCGAGUCGGAUCGCGUUCAAAAGCACAGCCGCUCCGUUUCACGGAUCAAGGACUCUGCCAAUUCGUCGAAACGGAACAGUCUGGAGCCAUCUGGUGGUGGCCUGGCCGAAUCCUCGUCUUUCGCUUCCAAACUGGCCUCCUCUUUCGGCUGGUUGCGUAAACAGAAUAGUGAAAUUAUCCCCUGGUGGUUGCCCAGCACCGACAAUGUUCCCGCCAUGGAACAGGAGGAGGAGGGCGAGGCUGCCGCUGGUGAACAGCAGAAGAUAAUGAAACCGGAAGAGUCCAGCACUUCUUCGGCCGACGAGACUCAGAGUUCGACCGAAGAGGAGACGGAAAGUACCGAGAACAAACGUGACGACACGGACGUUGAAGUCGAUGAUCUGCCGGCCGAUUUGGGAAUUCCCAAACUCUCAGGUGAUUCCGAGCCAGCCGUAAGUAUCGAGGCGGAAUUGUCGCCGUCGUCGUCGCCGCUUCCGGUCAAAGAAACAGAUGAUUGCAGCCGGUCGGAUGUGAAUCAUGAAGAGCUCGGAGACCGAUAUUCCCCCGACGGUUUCGAAUGGCCGGAAUGUCCAGCCACUCCGCCCAUGACUCGAAGUUAUCCUUUCUACCGUAGGCCGCCUUCUCCAUAUGAUAACGUCAAACCGGACAUCCCGGUAAUGACCUCGACAUCCAUCCAACCAUCGCCGAGCGGUUGUUCCAUGAACACAGCGUGGGGUCUGGACGCCUUGCGAGCGCUAGAAUCCCUGGAACCCAUAAACAUCCAGCCCCAAAAGUCCAAGUCUCCACUUAACGACUUUAGUAAAGACCAGGUAAUUAAGGCGGAAGAAGAAGAAGAGGAGGAUGAAGAAGGAGAUGAAGAAGAAGAGGAAGAAGAUGAAGAAGAUGAAGAAGAACAAGUUAAAAAAGAAAUCGAAAUCAAACAAGAAGAAGAAGAAGAUGUAGAAGAAGAAGAAGAAAGUGAUGACAGUAGCGAAGAAGAAGAAGAAGGUGACCGUGACCAAGUUGAAGAAGAGUCAAUAGUCAAAGACCAGGAAGAAACGGACUCGGAAAGCGUCGAGAAAAGCGCAUCGGCGGCCGUUCCAUCAACAGCACCAGAGCAACAGGAGCUGGGAGACGCCACGUUUCAGGUGUACAAGGAUGGCGACUAUGGCAACUACCUGGACGUGGAAGCCACACUUAAUGAACAAUCUGAAGAGCUCGAAGGUUUCCUAGAAAACCGGAAGAACUCGAUCGUACUCCGAACGCAGCUGUCUGUCAGAGUGAACGGCAUCAUGGACAAACUCCUCCACUCGGAAGGCAAAGAAUUACGACGAGCGCUUUUCUCCUUGAAGCAAAUCUUCCAGGAAGACAAAGAUUUGGUACACGAAUUCGUUCAAAACGACGGUUUAGCCUGUCUUAUCCGAGUGGGUCAUACCGCCGACCAGAACUUUCAGAACUACAUCCUCCGCGCUCUGGGCCAAGUGAUGCUCUACGUUGACGGAAUGAACGGCGUCAUGGAGCACAACCCGACCGUCCAAUGGCUCUACUCGUUGAUUGCGAGUAAAUACCGUUUGGUGGCCAAGACGGCCCUGAAAUUGCUCCUCGUAUUCGUUGAAUAUGUGGAAAGCAAUUGCCAGCUUUUGGUUAAGGCAAUCGAAACGGUGGAUUCCGGCCAAGAUUCCAAGCCGUGGAGCAGUCUGAUGCGAUUACUGCAAGAGCGCGACUCGUCCGACUCGGAAUUACUCGUCUACGCCGUCACGCUCAUCAACAAAACGCUACACGGUCUCCCGGAUCAGGACUCGUAUUACGAUCAAAUAGAAAAUUUAGAAGCUCUUGGAAUGCAGCAGAUUGUCACCAGGUUUGUGUCGAAACCGGAAGGUGAUGCAGAUUUGAUCCAACAACUGGAAAUUUACGAGCAUCAAUUGAAGCAAGAAGAUGGAGAACCCUACGUCAAUUUGGACUAUUCAAAUCAACACAGUCGAGUGCCACGCAGUGGCCGUUCAAACCACAGAUCUCCUCGCCAUCCGUCUAACCAAACUCAACAAGGGAACAAGAGGUUGAACUCAUUCCAAUUGCUCCAGACGGUCACUGGCGAUGGGAAAAAUCAAGAAGAAGACAUCUCUAGUGGUGAGGAGCAUGGAGCUAUUGUAAGAAAGCUGACGGCUUCUCAGUCUAAGAAGCAUCUCACUUUGUUGGCCAACGAACUGGCCGACAAGUCGUUCAAUCAAUGGAGUUCUUCUUCCUCCGAGUCUUCAUGCUCCAUGGAAGACGUUAAGCAACAUAUGUUGAAUGGCUCUAAAUCUCAUGUAGAUUUGAAAGACGUCAAUGACGUGGGCGUCACUCCGGCCCUGCGUCGUAGAAGGGAACGAGCUGAGCGGCAGCGAUCCUUGAUUCGCGAACAGGAAGAUGCUGCUCGUAUGUCGCCAUCACAAAUCGAAGAACCUUUUGAAGAUAGCAGCACCUCAUUUACAAUUUCAGUCCCAAAAGUGAUAACCGUAGCUGAUGUGGCCGAUGAGAAUCGCCGUAAUGUCGACCUGACUCUAAACAUGCCUCCAAUCAGUGAACGCAUCUCGAAUUUGCAAAAGGAAAAAGACAAGGACAAUAUCGAUCGCAACUUGUUGGAUAUAUCUCGUGAGGCCUCAGUUAAGGACCUUACCGAACGUUUACAGGCCAAUCACAUUUCAGCGAAUCCCACGUCGCCUACCGAAGAGAAAUUCAACCGGCUAGGAGAUUUGAGUGGAAUUAUUUCUAAAGCUAAAGAGGAAUUGACCAAAUCGAAAUCGCGUCACGAUCUGCGUAACUUGGAGCAGAACACGGCACUUUCACCCACCGGCAAAGCCGAGUCCAAGAAAUCGGAAAACGAAUUGCACUGGGAGAGUUUGUUAGAGACGUUGGAUAGGCCAUUGCAGAUUUGCGAUCUGGACUUUACCGAUCUUCACCUAGAAGAAGAUAGCGAUCCGUUGAAUCCUUCCGUCAGAGUGAAUGCUUUUGGACCUCCACCACCCCCACCGCCGCCCAACCUGAAUGGUGUUCCUCCACCUCCAAUGCCGGGGCUGAUGCCACCCCCUCCUCCGCCAUCAAAAUCUGCUUUACCGCCACCUGUUUUCUUUGGUGUCCAACUGCAUCACAACGGGACCGAACCAACUUCUUCAAACACUUUGAUGAAACAGAAGAAAACGGUCAAGCUAUUUUGGAGAGAAAUUCGUGAGGAUCAGCUCAGUUUGAUUAAGGGACCUACGUUAUGGGAUGAAUUGCAUCCGGUGGCCGUCGAUACCAAAAACUUGGAACAUUUGUUCGAGUCGCGCUCCAAAGAUCUGAUAACUAAGGAGAAACAACAAGAAGCUACAAAGAAUAAGGAGCUGAUUGUAUUGGAUCCUAAACGAUCCAAUUCUAUUAAUAUCGGUAUGACUAAAUUGCCCCCGCCAAGAACCAUCAAAACCGCUAUUCUCAAGAUGGAUUCGACUAUCAUCAACCGUGAAGGAAUAGAGAAACUCCUUACUAUGUUGCCGACGGAUGAGGAACGCGCUAAAAUUCAAGAAGCGCAAUUAGCUAGCCCGGAAUUGCCGUUAGGUAGUGCGGAACAGUUUCUUCUCUCCCUAGCUUCGAUCACUGAAUUGGCAGCUAGAUUGAAGUUGUGGCUAUUCAAAUCGGAUUAUGAAAACAUGGAGAAGGAACUGGCCGAGCCUCUAAUGGAUUUGAAGCAAGGAAUUGAAAUCUUGCAAUCCAACGUGACUUUCAGAGCCAUUCUGGCAACUUUACUGGCUGUGGGAAAUUUUCUUAACGGGGCUGAAAUUAAAGGUUUCCAAGUAGAUUAUUUAGCGAAAGUGCCUGAAGUUAAAGACACGGUGCACAAGCACUCGUUGUUGCACCAUCUGUGUCACAUGAUCAUGGAGCAAAAUGUCGAAACGACGGACCUUUAUUCAGAAAUUGGAGCAGUGACGCGAGCUUCUAGGGUAGACUAUGACGAAUUGGCUGCAAAUCUCAACAAGAUGGAAGAGGACUGCAAGGCUUCAUGGGAUCAUUUGCGAGCCAUAGCUAAACACGACGGCAACACUACUAUGAAGAUCAAGAUGUCGGAAUUUCUAACUGACUGCGCUGAAAGAAUCAUGGUGGCAACAAUAGUGCAUCGGCGCGUGACGAAUAGAUUUCGGAAAUUUCUGUUAUGGUUGGGAACACCUCCGGCCCAAGUUCGUGAAACGAAGCCGGGCACAUUUUGUCGAAUCGUAUCCGAAUUUGCUCUUGAAUAUCGAACGACUCGCGAUCGAGUUCUCCAGCAAAUGGAGAAAAAGGCAAAUCACCGUGAAAGAAGCAAAACUCGGGGCAAGAUGAUAACUCAAAUUGGCAGCACCAACGGUUUGAAUAGUUUGAGUAGUUACGAUUCGCCUGUCACAUAUCGAACCAAGGAAGAUCGGGCAGAUGCAGAACUCCGCCAGCUUCUCGGCAGUGACAUUUCCGACACAGAAUCUAUGCGCACAGGAACAUGGGGACGAUCGCGGAAAUCAAUGGGCUUGGGACGCAGUACAUCGAUUCGUGAUGAUUACCUAACUGAUGCGGUGACAGAUGGUGACGAUGAGAUUCUAGAAAGUCUUGUCAAGACUGCCACGCGAACCACUACUCAUCCACGCGAACGGAAACGAAGCAAUCGUCAACACAAUCACGCUGACCGAAGCUCCGCACUCAAGCGUUCACGGACUCGCGACAACAACGUCUUUCAACCACUGCCUGAAGAAAGUCGGCAUUGAAACUACUCUUCCUUUCGCUAAAGCUUCAUAUUUCACCUGAGGAGGACGCGAAAGCACGGAUUGUCUGAAGAGGAUCGCAAAUAUCUAAUAACGCUGGCAGCUCAGGUCGCCGCUGCUUGAUCCUUCGUCUAUACUGCACUUCUAGUCUCUUCAUUUUAUUUCCGUUUUUUUUUUUAAUUCUUAUGACAAAAUUCGUGGUUGCGUAAUUCAUUUUGAGCCGUAGGAGAGAUUUGAUCUCUUAACUGAAGUGUCCGCUAGAGAAUGAAGAAUUUUGUUUUUUUGCGAUUGCGUCUGUCGCCUCUCAUUUGCAAUCGGUAAAAACUUAGACCACCUACGCACCACCUCAGCAGCUUUCUGUCCCCUAGACCAUUUGAAAGAAAAAUAGCUUUCAGGCGAUAAAAAAAAAUUGUCAUUAGGAUUUCCGUCACCAUUCAUUAGAGCACUUGCCUUGUGAUCAAGUCUACCAUAGCAAGUCAAGCUCGGGCAGCCAGUGGCUUUACCUAGUGUAAAUUGUCUGGGUUGUGCUUCUUAGAAGUAAAAUGCGUUACCAAAGUAAUUACGCGUGAUGUGCCUCGACGUGUGAACCUUGUCCAUUGUAUUCAUGAAAAGAGAAAUACAUAAUACAUGUUUUAUAACAAAUAA